AUGGCAUCUUUACAGCAACUGCUCGCCGAAGAAGGAUUCAAGCGCAGCAGCAGCAGCAGGAAGCAAAAACAGGGGAGCUUCAGAAAGACGGUCGAUGACCCUGUCUUCAACUUCAAGUCUCCAAUCUACAUUUGCCAUGUCGAGAAAUCCGUCAAACCCAAAAGAACCAGCGAAAAUAUCUCGUCAAGAACGAGAAAGUUAAGCAUUGACAGCACCGGCGGUGGACAGCCGGCGAUGGAUCAAAUCGCCGUCAAGGCAAUCGUCUCGAUACUCAGCGGCUACAUUGGAAAGUACACCAAGGACGCGGCUUUCCGGCAAAGAGUCCGGGAGAAAUGCAAUUCCUGCCUCGUCGGAAAAUCCAAUGACCCGAUCCUGACGAACAUGGAGCUCGCCGUCCAAAACGUCGACGAAUUGGUCCAGAACAGAGCAAUGGUAAAGAAGAAGGAACUGCUAAGCAAUUCCAUCCAGCUCCUGACGAUCGUGUCCUCGUUGAACUCCGAAAAACUCAGGAAACAAUCGACGGCUGGGAUCCCGAACUCGCAUCUCUCUUCCUGCGCCCAAUUGUACCUCUCCAUUGUUUACAAGCUUGAGAAGAACGACAGGAUGUCUGCAAUUCACUUGCUUCAGUCAUUCUGCGACGCUCCUCUGCUUGCCAGGACCCACUUGCUUCCCGAUCUCUGGGAUCAUUUCUUUCUCCCUCAUCUCCUCCAUUUGAGAGUGUGGUAUCACGAUGAGCUCCAAUUGGUAUCCAGUUCACAGAGCUCUGAGAAAUGUCUGAAAUCGUUGUGUAGAGUUUAUAACCAUUCUAUGGAUUUCGGGACGCGUCAGUUUGCUCUGUAUUAUAAAGAUUGGCUCAAAAUUGGGGUGAAGUCGCCUUCGGUUCCUGAUGUUCCUCUGCCGGCAUCUAAACCCAGAAGGCGAAGUUCCAUGGAUUCUUCCGAUUCUCAGCUCUCUAUCAAUCGUAGCUUAUUUGAGUACGUAUUUGGCCGAACGCCUCCCCACCAAUUGAAGGGCGAGGAGAAGGAAGUAUCGCCGGCUGUUGACAGUGACGAGGACGGCAAGUUCAUUGUGAGCAAGACAAAAUCGGGCUCGGGAUUAAGAACUACCCAAGAUUACAGUAGCUCGAUGAUUGCGUUGUCAGCGAGUGAUGGCCUGCAAAAACUAGAAUCCUCGAAGUUCUUCUCCUGCAGAAGCAUGGUAGCAGAGUGUGUGGUGGCGGCGGCGGAUGCAAAUUUAGCUCUGAAGAACAAUCUUUCUUCCCGCAGAAAUUCUCUAGACGAUUCGCAUCUCCGUUCGAGCCCACUGAGAAGACCGAUCGUUGAAAUCUGCACAUCCGACGUACUGAGCGAUUGCGAAUCAGCGAUCCACGAAAUCGCAAGGACGUGGUUGAAUUCCGGCGGCGACCCAGUAAUCGUCGACGCUCUGUCCAAGCAACCAGUGAUCGAAUCGAUGAUCGAGAUCCUCUACGCAUCGCAAGACGACGAAGUUCUCGAGCUGGUCAUCUCCCUGCUAGCCGAGCUAGCCUCCAGAAAAGACCGAAACAGGGUGACGAUUCUGAACUACGACCCGCAGCUCGAGAUCUUCAUCAAGCUACUGAAAAGCAGCAGUCUUUUUCUCAAGGCGGCGACUCUGCUGUACCAGCUGAAACCCCUGGCGAAACAAAUGAUUUCCACGGAAUGGGUUGCUCUGGCGCUCAGAGUUUUGGAGUUUGGGGAUCAAUUGCAGGUGCUUUUCACCGUCUUGUGUUAUCCACACGAGGCGGCGCUGUACUUCUUGGAACAGCUGAUGAGGGGCUUCGACGAAGACAAGAACUUGGAGAACUCUAGCGAAGUUGUGUCGCUUGGCGGGUUGAGCUUGCUGGUUCGAAGAUUCGAGAUCGGCGGUGUUAAGGAGAGGGAAGGGAUUGCGAUGCUGAUGUAUAGCUGCGUGAAAGCCGUUGGGAGUUGUAGGGAUUACUUAGCUGAGAAUUUGAGUAAAAGGUUUCUUCUUCAGCUGAUUGCUCUUGGGGUUAGGAAGCAACAGGGGAACAGAGGAUUUGCCUUUGGGUUGUUGACAGAGUUGCUCUGCCUCAGCAGAAGAAGUGAGAUCAUUAGGCUAUUGAUUCAAAUCAAUCAUGGGUUUGAUGAUGGGUUGAACGCAAUGCACAUCUUUCUCAGCUAUCUACAGCGAGCUUCUGCAGUGGAUCGACCAUUGGUUGCUGCAGUACUUUUGCAGCUUGAUCUUCUGGAGGGAGAUCCUAUGAAGCACAGUGUUUACAGAGAAGAAGCAAUUGAAGCACUGAUAGAAUGUCUGGAUUGCGAGAGAUGUGAUUCCGAGGCACAAGAACAAACGGCAAGAGCUCUGUUGAUGAUGGGAGGGAGCUUCUCUCACGACGGAGAGUCCACGACAACAUCGACGGAGGAAUGGCUGUUUCGAGGGAGAUUGGACGAUUCCAUUGAUGGUAGUGACUUGAACGAGGAAGAGGAAGCAACGAUCGAAUGGCAGAGGAAACUGGUAACAGUGCUGCUAAACAGUGGAGGGCAGACAUUCUUGAUGGCGCUCUCGGGCGCGAUAGCGAAUGGAGUUCCCAAACUAGCACGAACCAGCCUGUUCACUGUAUCUUGGAUGAACCAAAUGUUGCAUUCAUUCGGCGACCGGAAAUUGAUACCUCUAGCACACUCCAUACUACUGUCACAACACACGGACGAACGCUCUCCUUCGUCGCUGUUGCAGAACCUCGUUCGCAAUCAAGAAUGUGUGUCUAUGCUUUGGACACUGGACAAGCAGUUGCUGGACCCUCUCCGGACGCGUAAUACAUUCCAACAACAAGAGCUGCUGCUGGAAUGACGAGAACGAUGCUUUUGUUCGAUUGCUGUACAUAGUACAAACCCCAAUUUUAGCCAACUUCUGGUCCUUACUUUUCCAUUCCAUUUGUGCUUGUUUCCUUCCUAUCUGUUGUGUGGAGAAGAGAAGAGAAGUGGACGUAGAUCUUUCAGAAUUUGGGUGGGGAAAUUUGUUUUAUGUUGUGUAGUCGCUGUCGGCCAAGGCACAUGGGGAAGGGAAGGAGGUCUCAUUCUUGGCCACGGUCAGUCAGGCGCAGUCCCACUCAGUGUGAAUUAUUGUUCGCCAUCGUCGUCGUCGUCCAGCGACGACGAAUCUUAUUCUUGUGAUGGAAGAGGAUGAUGAUAUCCAGUGCUUGGACAAAUAUGCCAAAGUUUUGGAUAAUGGGCGUGGGUCUUUUUCUUUGUCCAUUUUGAAGCUCAUUAUUGUGGAAAAUGAUGAGCAAAUGUCAAGUAGAGACCCACUAGCUCUUCACGAUCUUAAUAGUAACUACAUCAUUCUCGCAGUUGUGGAGAGAGAAAUCUGAAAAAAGAGAUGUAAAUUUAUGGGGUAAAUUGCAAGUUUG